AUGGUCGUGCAAAUUGUGUCGACACUUUUGGCUCAUGUGCUUUGCACGUUUACCUUGUCCGGGGAUGUGUCCGAGGACGUGACUCUACGGCUGGCUUGCUCCGUUUCUGUCUUCGGUCUUGUCGUCUUCCUUCUUCCUUUCUUCUCUCAGCGGGAAACGGGCUCGGGGUUAUGCCUUCAUGCAGUCUGGAAACUCCAACAGCACCACGGACGUAGCCAGCCUCGUCACAAAUCAGUAUACGGAGCCAAGAAAAAGUCUCCGGAAUCGACCGUGGCAGCCAAAACCUUGGUCUUGGUGGACGGACUUUUGCCAUGUCCAGGCUCGCAAGCAAAGCUCGCCCUAGCUCCAUCGGUGGAAGCCAGAGAGUCGGAUUCAAUACCAUCUUCUCCGUGUCAAGCCAAAGCUGGUUUCCCUCCCACAUGA